UAAAUUAAUAAAAGAUUGUGAUGUAAAGUUCAUUCUUUAAUCUUGAAAUUCAACAGUAAAGAUAAAGAAUUUAACUUUUCCAUAGAAAUCAAUUUCUUCCAUUUAUUUUGAGAUUUGAAAAUGGCGCUGAAACUGUUUAAGCAAUAUGAAAAAGAAUUAAAAGAAUUUGAAGAAUGGAUAAGCUCAGACCCUCGAUUACCACAACAAAUCGAAAAACUGCUGCUUUUACGAUUCCUUAAAGUGUGUGAUUUUGAUAUCGACAAAGCAAAGGAGCUUCUCUUAAUUAAUCUGGAACAUCGAAAGAAACAUCCUGUUAUUUUCUCAAACCGAGAUGUCUUGGAUGACAACUUCCAGCAAACUCUUAAGACAUUACAAAUUGUUCCUAUGCCUAAGAACUCCCAAAAAAAUCAUAAAAUAUCAAUUUUUCGUCUAGUUGAUAAAGAUCCAGAGAAAUAUGUUUAUAUCGAUGUGUGUCGAACUGUUGUUUCAAUGUUGGAUAUUCGUUUCGUUACGGUCGAUGAAAACGAGCUUAUUGAAGGUGAAAUAGGUAUCAUUGAUAUGACUGGAUUUACAUUUAAACACGUCAUUAAAUGUUCUAGUAACUUAUCCGUUUUGAAAGCCUACAUGAAGUAUAUACAGGAAGCAGCGCCAUUCAGAAUUAUUCAAAAUCAUUUUAUAAAUUGUUCACCAAUUAUGGAUAAAUUUAUGACAUUCCUGAAACCGUUUAUGAAAAAAGAAAUAAUUGAAACUUUGAAAUUUCACACUGGGGUGGAAACUUUAUAUGACGUAGUACCUCGAGAACUUUUGCCAAAUGAGUUUGGCGGAACAGCAGGAAGUAUAGAUGACUUCUAUAAAGAUUGGAAAAUGCAUAUUGAAAGCAAACGUGAUUACAUAUUGAACGAUGAUAACUGGAAGUUAGCUAAUUGAAGAAAUAUUUUUGGUGUAUUGGUUGUAUAUUGAAAAAUCUUUUAAAGAAAUGUGAUUUAAAAAAUGUGCACAACUUUUAUUGGUUUUGGAAUUAUAAUAACAUAAGAAUAUUACAACAUUUUUAUUAUCACUGUUUACAAUAAAUUCAAAUUGAUUAGUAAAGAAAUAGGUAUAUUAGAUUUUAAACUGCU